AUGAAUAUCGUAAAUUUACUAAAUUCCGUCGAUGACGAGCAAUAUUCAUCACCUUCAUUUUCUGCUGAGCAAGAUUAUGACUCAGAAGUAGAUGCUUAUAUGAUUCUUCGAUUACUUACAUGUCCGUCUUGUGGAUGUCUCUUUACCGACCCUGUUACCCUUCCUUGUGGAAAUACAUUUUGCAGUAGGUGUCUUUCAACAUCUGCAAAUAAGAGGUUUGAAUGCCCUGUAAUAGGUUGUAAUCGCCUUCAUGGAAUUGAUACAAGAAGCGAUGUGACUGUAUGCAAGUUAACUGAUAUAUGUCGAAGAGAGCUACCUGAUCUUAUUCCACAUGUUACUCAACCACGUCGACAAGUACAAUAUCGUUAUAAUCAUUUAUAUGAUAUUGUUGAUGAUAACGAUUGUUCUCCCCGUGAAAAUAAUGGGUUUUCUAUAGUAGAAACUAAUGUUGUCGAGGACUACGCUAGUGAUGAUUACACUAGCAAUGAUGAGUGUAUGAGUGAAUAUUUGGAUGACGAUGAUUUCCCUAGUUCUUUCGAUUUAUCUCAUCUUAAAGAGGAACUUUUAUUAAAAGAAUUGGAAUGUCAAGUUUGUUAUCAACUUCUCAUGGAUCCUAUAACUACUCCUUGUGGUCAUACUUAUUGCAAACCUUGUUUAACUCGUUCUUUGGAUCAUAGUGAUAGAUGUCCACUAUGUCGAUAUCAACUUCAUAAUUAUAAUUCUUUCUUAAAUCAACCAAUUAAUAAGACUGUUAAUAUUUUUAUAUCUCAAUUAUAUCCUGCUUUACUUGCUGAUCGUAGGCAAUCGGCUCGUAAUGAACUUUAUGAUGAUACUCAAGAUACUCCUAUUUUUGUUACUUCUUUGGUCUUUCCUAAGAUGCCAUGCUUUCUUCAUAUAUUUGAACCAAAAUAUAGGUUAAUGAUAAGAAGAUGUUUAGAAUCUCGUCAAAGACAAUUUGGCAUGGUACUUAAACGUGGUAAUAGUUAUGUAGAAUAUGGAACUAUGCUGGAAAUUCGUUCCACGGAAUUUUUAAAUGAUGGUCGUUCAUUAGUUGAAACUGUUGGUACUUUUAGAUUUAAAGUAAUUGAACGAGGUUUGAGAGAUGGUUACGAUAUUGGAAAAAUUGAACGAAUAGAUGAUAUCUCUCCUGAAGAAGAAUUGGCAAGAGAAAUAGAAGCCGUAAGGGUAGCUGAAGUUAAUAAUAGAGAUCCUUCUAAACCUGUAAUUUAUGAACCUACAAUUUCUGAACUUAUUAGUAAAGCUCGUGAUUUUAUUGAAUCAUUGAGAAAUGGGUAUGCUCCAUGGUUACUACAACGACUAAACUCAACAUAUGGUGAUAUGCCUAAUGAUCCUUCCGAUUUUUCUUUCUGGGUCGCUUCUGUAAUUCCUAUCGACGAAAAUGAAAAAUACAGAUUACUAGAAGAAAGAUCCGUUAGAGAAAGAAUGAAGAUGAUAGUUAAUUGGAUAGACCAAUUAAAAGAACAAUGGUGGUUUGAUAGGGGUUGUGUAAUUUCGUAA